AUGUUUAGGGCAGUUUUUGAUCACCCCACGGAUGGAGGAGACGCCGCCUCACGUCCUCACUCCCACCAGCAAGGUUCUCGGUCUGUUGCAGACUACACCCUCGAGUUCCGCACCUUGGCCGCUGACAGCGGGUGGGACAAUAAGGCCUUGUUGAGCGCCUAUUGUCGGGGCCUCUCCGACAAAAUCAAGGACGGAUUGUUGCGAGACCGCCCGGCAGUUUUUGAUCACCCCACGGAUGGAGGAGACGCCGCCUCACGUCCUCACUCCCACCAGCAAGGUUCUCGGUCUGUUGCAGACUACACCCUCGAGUUCCGCACCUUGGCCGCUGACAGCGGGUGGGACAAUAAGGCCUUGUUGAGCGUCUAUCGUCGGGGCCUCUCCGACAAAAUCAAGGACGGAUUGGAUCAAGAGCUUGGCCCUUCUGAGGCACUGGUGACUCCAGCAGAUCCAGUGUCCCAUUUCAACAGUGAUGAACCCACCCUGGCAGAGGUUAAGGAAGUUGUGAAAGCUGCAAGAUCUGGUUCGGUUCCCGGCCCCAGCGGUGUACCCUACAAGGUCUACAAGCAGUGUCCACGGCUCCUCAAGCGUCUGUGGAAGAUCUUGAAGGUGAUUUGGCGGAGAGGGAAAGUCUCUGCCCAGUGGAGAUACGCGGAAGGCGUCUGGAUCCCGAAGGAAGAGAACUCCAGCAACAUCGAGCAGUUUCGUAUAAUCUCGCUGCUCAGCGUUGAGAGCAAGAUUUUCUUUAAGAUCCUGUCCCAACGACUUACCGAGUUCCUCUUGAAGAAUGCCUACAUAGACACCUCUGUCCAGAAGGGGGGAGUACCUGGAGUGCCUGGGUGCCUGGAGCAUACAGGAGUGGUGACACAGUUGAUCCGGGAGGCAAGGGAGAGCAAAGGAGAUUUGGCAACUCUCUGGCUUGACUUAACCAACGCCUACGGAUCUAUCCCGCACAAACUUGUUGAAAUAGCUCUGACAAGACACCAUGUUCCUGGGAAAAUCUGCAACCUCAUCAUGGACUACUACAACAACUUCGAAGCAAGAGUCUCCUCAAGCCAAGUAACAUCUGCCUGGCACCGCCUGGAGAAGGGCAUAAUCACUGGUUGUACAAUCUCAGUGUCACUCUUCUCCUUGGCAAUGAACAUGAUUGUCAAGUCUGCGGAGGUUGAAUGCAGAGGGCCAAAAUCAAGAUCUGGGACCCGGCAGCCCCCCAUAAGAGCUUUUAUGGAUGACUUGACAGUGAUGACCACAUCUGUGCCUGGGUGCAGGUGGCUCCUCCAGGGGCUUGAACGGCUCAUCACAUGGGCAAAGAUGAGCUUCAAGCCAGCAAAGUCCAGGUCUCUGGUCCUAAAGAAAGGUAAAGUGGCCGACCAUUUCCGCUUUACUGUUGGAGGCUACUUGAUUCCAACGGUGACCGAAAGACCUGUCAAGAGCCUGGGCAAGAUCUUUGAUAGCUCCCUGAAGGACGCAGUGGCUUUGCAGCAGACAAAGAGCGACCUGACCUCAUGGCUCACAGCCAUCGACAAAUCUGGUCUCCCAGGAAAGUUUAAAGCCUGGAUGUACCAACACGGAGUCUUGCCUAGAAUACUCUGGCCUCUUUUAAUCUACGAGGUACCAAUGACAACGGUUGAGGUACUAGAGAAGACCAUCAGCCAGUUCCUAAGGAGAUGGCUGGGGCUCCCUCGGUCCUUAAGCAGCAUUGCUCUUUAUGGCCAUUCCACCAAGCUGCAGCUCCCUCUCAGGGGACUGUCGGAGGAAUUCAAGGUCACCCGCUCCAGAGAGGUAAUGAUGUACAGGGACUCCGCAGAUGUCAAGGUAGCCUCGGCAGGAAUCGUUGUUAAGACCGGGAGGAAAUGGCAGGCACAAGAAGCCGUAAGCAGAGCAGAGGCGCGGCUGAGGCACAAAACCUUGUUGGGUACUGUGGCAAGGGGGAGGGCAGGCCUCGGCAGCUUUCCAAAGCCACGUUGGGACCGGGCCCGUGGCAAGGAGAAGCGCCAACUGGUCCAAGAGGAGAUCCGUGCAGAGGUGGAGGAAGAACGUUGCUGCCGGAUGGUCAGCAUGUCCAAACAAGGGGCGUGGACAAGGUGGGAGCAUGCAGAACCUCGAAAACUCACCUGGGCAGAGCUCUGGAGAGCUGAACCUCUGCGCACAAAAUUCCUCAUACAGUCUGUGUACGAUGUCCUCCCAUGCCCCGCCAACCUGCACAUCUGGGGCCUAGCAGACACUCCGGAGUGCAAACUGUGCCAGAGGAGGGGCACCUUGGAGCACAUCCUGAGCUGUUGCCCAAAGGCACUAGGGGACGGGCGGUAUCGCUGGCGCCACGACCAAGUUUUAAAAGCCCUGGCGGAUUCUAUCUGCGCAGCGAUACAAAACAGCAAGUCCCAGGCCGCCCCGAAGCAGUCAAUCACCUUCAUCAGAGCAGGACAGAAGGCAAGCUGUCAGCCCAACUUCUCAGGAGGGCUCCUGGCCACCGCUCGUGACUGGCAGCUCCAUGUUGACCUGGGAAGGCAACUCAAGUUCCCGGCCAAUAUCGCUACCACGUCACUCCGCCCAGACAUGGUGUUAACAUCGGAGUCAACCAAGCAAGUGGUGCUACUGGAGCUGACUGUCCCCUGGGAGGAGCGAAUUGACGAAGCAAAUGAGCGUAAGAGGGCCAAAUACGCUGAGCUCACUGUAGAGUGUCGGAGUAACGGCUGGAGAGCCCGCUGUGAACCAGUCGAAAUUGGGUGCAGGGGUUUUGCUGGUCACUCACUACAGCGUGUGUUCAGAAUCCUUGGCAUUAGAGGACUGCAGUCGAGAAAAGCCACCAAGAACAUCCUAGAGGCCGCAGAAAAGGCCUCCCGGUGGCUGUGGAUCCGUAGGGGGGAUCCGUGGUGCGCUACUUGGACACAGGCCGGGGUCUGAUCACCCCCGGCUGGGUCGCCCGGGCGAGGGUGUCUGAUGAUUAAAGACCCGAAACACCCUAUGACCCCGGGUUUAUCACUGAUGACGUGUCCAAGCAUCACCGUGAGGUGUA